UUCCUGCUGGCUGCCCAAUCAUCAUUAGCUUCGUCACGUCCUUGCAUCUACCGUAUCGGAUUUGCUGUCCACUUCCCUCUCUGUCCAGACACCGUACCCGUUGAUUCGCCCAUAGACGCUCGCUUACUCGAGUGCUUGGAGAUGCCCGCUGCAACUUUGUGCUCAACCAUCAAUCAAUUCGUUCGUUCAUUCAAUCAAUCCAUCCAUCAAUCAAUCCCUCAUCGUUUCCUGCGUGCAGCGCAGGCACCCAAGUCGGCCGUCCGCUGCUGCACAGCAUGCAAGUAUUUAGUCACUCAACCAUUCCGGUGGCGGUACAAUACGAUACGGUACCACCAGCAAUGCGCAGCGCUGCCUGCUUGCCUGCCUGCUUGCUUGAUUGAGGGAAAAGCCAAAGCCGAGCUUACCGAAUAUCGUCUUGGGCAAGAAUUUGUUGGACAACCACAUCCCAGACAGAGUUGCGACGGCUCGGCCACAUGGAUCGUAACUUUGGCACUAAAUGCCCAUAAACCGUGA